AUGUUCACCACUAAAGAAGCUAAUAAGCAAGAGCAGCUUCGUGGUCAAGUUUAUUCAGUCUCCGGCCCCGUCGUCGUUGCUGAAAACAUGACUGGUGCCGCUAUGUACGAACUUGUCAAGGUCGGCUCCGAUAAUCUUGUCGGUGAAAUCAUUCAACUCGAGCACGAUACAGCAACAAUUCAGGUUUACGAAGAAACAUCCGGUCUUACAGUUGGUGACAGUGUCAUUGGCACAGGCAAGCCACUUUCCGUUCUUCUUGCACCAGGUCUUAUGACAAACAUUUACGAUGGUAUUCAACGUCCACUUAAAGAUAUUUCCGAUCAAUCACACUCAGUUUUCAUUCCACGUGGUGUUUCUUGCGAUCCAAUUGAUCUCAAGAAGGAGUGGUCAUUCAAGCCAGCAAAUUUUAAAGAAGGCGACAAUGUUACAGGUGGCGACAUCAUUGGUUAUGUCAACGAGACAUCCAUGAUUGAACACCGCAUCAUGCUUCCACCGAAGGCAUGCGGUAAAGUCAAAUACAUUGCCGAAGCCGGCUCAUAUGAUGUUCUUCACCCAGUCAUUGGUGUUGAAUUCGACGGCAAAGUUACAGAGUAUCCAAUACUUCAAGAGUGGCCAGUUCGUACUCCACGUCCAUACGCCGAGAAGCUUGUUGCUGACUUCCCACUUAUCACUGGUCAGCGUGUUCUUGACUGCUUGUUCCCAGUUGUCCAAGGUGGUACCUGCGCUAUUCCAGGUGCUUUCGGCUGUGGCAAGACCGUUAUUUCACAAGCACUUUCCAAGUACUCCAACUCCGACGCCAUUAUUUAUGUCGGUUGUGGCGAACGUGGUAACGAGAUGGCAGAAGUUCUUAUGGAGUUCCCAGAACUUAAAGUCGAAAUCCAAGGUGUCGAACACCCAAUUAUGGAUCGUACCACACUUGUCGCUAACACAUCAAACAUGCCCGUCGCAGCUCGUGAAGCUUCCAUCUACACCGGUAUUACACUUGCCGAAUACUACAGAGAUAUGGGCUACAACGUCACCAUGCUUGCAGACUCCACCUCACGUUGGGCUGAAGCUCUUCGUGAAAUUUCCGGUCGUCUUGCACAGAUGCCUGCUGAUUCCGGUUAUCCAGCUUAUCUUGGUACACGUCUUGCUUCCUUCUACGAACGUGCAGGUCGUGUUUCCUGCUACGGCAACCCACACAGAUCCGGCUCUGUCUCCAUUGUCGGUGCUGUUUCUCCACCAGGUGGUGAUCUUGCAGGUGAUCCAGUUACAUCAGCUACCCUUCAAGUCGUCCAAGUUUUCUGGGGUCUUGAUAAGAAGCUUGCACAGCGUAAGCACUUCCCAUCCGUUUCAUGGACACUUUCAUACUCUAAGUACGAUGACAUUCUUCGUCCAUACUUUGUCCAGUUCGAUCCCGACUUCCCUAACCUCCGUACCGAAGUUCGUCAGAUUCUUCAAGAAGAACAAGAACUUUCCGAAAUUGUCCAGUUGGUCGGUAAGGACUCACUUGCCGAGCCAGAUAAAUUGACACUUGAAGUUGCCCGUAUGGUUCGUGAUGAUUUCUUGCAGCAGAACUCAUACACACCAUACGACAGAGUUUCUCCAAUGUGGAAGACAUUCUGGAUGUUGAAGAACAUGAUGCACUUCAACGACCUUGCCCGCCACAUCCUUACCGAGUCCGGCGAGAAGCGUGUUACAUAUGAAGCUAUCGCCAACCACAUGUCCGCCGAAAUCCAAGGCCUUAUCAGAAUGAAGUUCACAGAUCCCGCCGAUGGCAAGGAACAAUGCAUAGAAAACCUCCGCAAGCUCUAUCAACAGAUUGAAGACAAAUUCCGUACUUUCUCAGACUAA